AACUAAGGGUGGGUCCACUGCCCCCAGUUUCUCUCUGCUUCCUGUCAGCUGUGUGGUGACGGCUGCGGUCCCCAAACAGACAAGAUGGCAUCAAAGGCACUGUGUAAAGUGGGAGAUAGGGGGGAGGCCAUGCUGAAGAAGGAAAACCUCAAUGUUCUGAAUGCACUCUAUCAAAUGUCGAAGCCUUUUCCAAACCCCAAGUCUAUGAACAGGACUGUCACUACCAAAGGACUCCCACUUUCCACGAGAGGCAGUUUGGUUAACUUCUUGGAGGAAGAUCCCAUCAAUCUACCGAAGCCGAUGCCAGUGGAGGAUUCUGAAUGCAGCUCUGACGACACCAGCAUCUCCCCACUCUCAUCCACCUUGUUGAAUCCCAUCAAACUGGCUGUGACCCAGCCCAACAGCAGCUUCUUUGCAGGGAUGCUAGAGGGGGAGCUGAACAAACUCAACCUCUCCUCGAUGGGCAACGACACACACAAGAGGAACCUGGCUCUCUGCCCCCGUCCAUCGAAGUCCCAAAUAGUCCCUGGGGGCCUGCUGGACCUUGACAACCCUGAGCUGGACACAGACACCUCCUCAACACCCUCAGAGUCCUCUGUGGUCAUGGAUGUGCCGGAGGCGCCCUUCAUCUGCGAACACACAGUCAGCGACUCCACGGCUGUGAUUUCCUGGACGUAUUCCCUGGGCAAGCAGCAGGUCAGUUUCUACCAGGUCCUGUUGCAGGAGGUGGUCAAGACAAAAGACAAUGAGCCGCCCAAGACAAAGAAUCGCCCGUGGAUCUUCAACAAGAUCUUGGGCACUACUGUCAAGCUGAUGGAGCUGAAGCCUAACACGAGUUACUGCCUCACCGUCCGUGCGGCCAACACAGCCGGGGUGGGGAAGUGGUGCAAGCCCUACAAAUUUGCAACCGUGGCCACUGACUUGAACAGCUUCCCCGAGAACAACCCCAUCCAGAUCACCGUGCAGCGCAAGGAACCCCAGCGGAAAACCGUCUCCAUCGGGUUGGAGGAGAUGCGGAAGCUGGAAGAUCUGGAAUACCUAUUUCCCUACUAAGGAGGGCCCUGGGAAGCCCCUCACCUAUCUUCAGCUUCAGCCUCAGCCCAGGGCUCUCAGGAACCAGAAUCGUGAGAUUUACCACCAGCACCAUGCCAGGGAACUGCUGACCACCCUGCCCGGAGCCUGGUGGCGAUGCUCCCAAAUCUACACUCCUGGGCCCGGGCCUAGGCUAGAUAGGAGCUCCAUUCACCUGGAGACGCCACAGGCCAGGUCAGGUCAGCUACUGUCUACAGCUGCUCGGCAUCCUCCUCCCCAGAUCUGGGCUGGGUCCAGUCCCUUAUUAAAGCACUGCAGGUCACCCAGCAUACCGAAUUGUGCUUUGUGUUGACAGCCGGGCUGGCUGCCAUUCACCUUCCUAGCUUCUGCCAGGACCGAGAGUCUGGGUCGGGGGCUGGGGGGAUAUGGAACAUAUCCCCCUUUCCCUGGGGGAGGAAGAAAUGUUAAAGACUAAAACGCACAUACACUGGGAUAAACAGCAACACUGGACAGAGGUGGUGGCAGCUCGUCGAUUGUCAACAAGCUCUGGAAGGACGUGGCGCAAAGUGCACAGGUUAUGGGGCAGGGUCUGCUCUAAUCCUAGUUUUUCCUGGAUGUGAGGGCACAGACAAACCAUCUAAGAUUCCUGGGCUGUUUAGGGAGGUGAGAACCCUACGGGCAGGACAGUAGGGGGUCCCAUGAGGAUCACGUGAGCACAUAGAACAAGUGCACAGGGUAGGAACUCCACCACUGGUGGCCCCCUUUGCCCUUCCUGCAGCCUCCCUGCAGAGACACACAAGGUGGAGACGGAGCACAUCCAGAUGAUGUGCAAAAUCACAAAGGCAUGGUGGGCGGGGGAUAAGAGGUUAGAAAUGCCGUGGCCUUGAGCAGUCCGUACAAGAAUCGAACUGCCGGAGCAUUGAAACGGGACAAAGCAAAGGCAGGAUGCAUGGGAGGCAAGACUUUGUUCAAGCAUUUGAGGACAUCUGGUGGGGAUUCCUUUCACUGUGUGACAGUCCUUAUGGGGCAGAGAACCAUCCUCCCAUGUCACAUCACACCCACUUCUGCUAGAGCCCUCACCACUGCACGCUGUUAGAGGGAGCCCCCUGGGACAGCGGUCACCUUCUGCUCUGUACCCUGAGAGCCCGGCACAGUGCUCAGUGCACUGCAGGAGCUCAGGAAGUGUGUUGUGUGAGAGAGGGGCGGACAAAAGAAGCCCUAGAACAACACUGGCCCGCACAACUCCAUGGGCUGGUGAAGGUGUUCUCCAUCUGUGCCGUCCGGUGCAGUGAGUAGCCUUCAGCUAGCAUCACAGAACUGCACUUCUAACCAUGUGGAAUUCUGGUAAACACAGCCACAUGUCGCUAGCAUCUGCCACACUGGACAGCACAAGCUCACAUCAUCCUCUGGCCACUAUCCUAUGGCUUCCACCGGCGCCCCCAGCCACAAUGAGCCUCUCCCUCGUAGGCACAAGAGAAAGAGAAGAAAGGCCACCUCCCAGUCAGUAUGGCUUUGGUAUAGCCCGGAGGGAAGGGUUAGACAGACUGACUCAGCACAGCCCUUGGGUGAGCCUUGGGGACAAGGAAUUAACCCGAACACACAAAAUAGAAGUUAUUUAUUUGGUCACAGGA